UUACAAAGCAACGAAAGUUGCUCCAGGUAAUUCGUCAUGUUAAACCAAAAAAAUUUUAAGUAAAAAGAAGAAAAAUAAUUUGGCUGACAAAAGAAAAUGCUGGCUGAAAGUUCUCACAAACUUUUACAAAAAUUAUAAAAUAUCGCAAUGAAUAAUCUAUAAAAAAGGCAAAACAAAAAUGGCUGGACUUAGAAGCUUGUGCAUAUAUUUAAAUUAUAAACCAAUCAACUGAUAAUGAUGCAAUAACGGAUUCCGCCUUCUCACAAAAUUCUUGGAAACUAAAACUAUUUACUCUUGGAAAAUAAAAAAUGGACAAAGCGCAGAAUAUCCGCGAUAGAAAGAUGCGUAGAAUGCGAUCAUCCAGUUGGGCAAAUGAAGACUACAUUCGUAGAACUAAACGCGCCAAAAGUAUCAUUGAGGACUUAGAACAUCAUGGACCAGCUGGUUUGAUACAUAUUGCCGUUUUAAGUAACAUAAUUGGAAAAUCCAUCAAGAUAUGGAAUGCUGACAGCAGUUUGAACAGUAUCAUUGGCAAAGAGAAGAUAGGACCGUCGAUAAAUAUUGAAUACCAUGCAAACGAUCUAGGAGGAAUAGGCCAUUGGACUCUGAUGCAAGCUAAAGACCCCGAUAACACUCAAAUCGACUUGAACAGUUGCCUCUUUUCGGUAAUCGGUUCACAAACCGGCCUAAGUCCGUCGGAACUUCGUAGAUGGACAAUGUUAAGCCUUAAAGGCAACGCUCGGCAGUUGGCUGACUGGCUGGAUAAGAUCCUUCGAUUAGAAGGAACCAACAGUGAUAUGGUUCUAAUGAUUGGCGGAGCUCGUUACUGUGGAACCUCAUCUGUAGACGCUGGCGUUGUAUUGGACAACUCGCAAAAUGCUAAAAGCUAUGACUCUAAUAUUUUAGGUCAUCCUAGAGGUCACGUAAUAGACCCAACAGCGACCGGUGCCGAAGACAGCGUAGAGCGGUAUUCAAUGAGCACAGGAGAACCGAAGACCGCUUUUUUGUCACAAAAUGAUCAGAAUACGGUUGUUCAUUUGGCCUUAACGACUAGCCACGCGCAAUAUGCUAUAGAAAAGCUUAAUCAAGGUUCUAAGGACGAAAGCUUAGAACUGGAGAGUACUAUACUGAGAUCAAACGGAAGAUUUAAUUUUAAAGGACAAUUGUUUAAACAGGGACAACCUAUCGGGCCGGAAUUAAACAUAAAAGAGGUAGUUUUGGUACUGAGACACCACGCACAACACUACCUUGAACGUAAUGUGGAUGUCUUAAUCCAUACAUGUUAUCCAAGAAUUUAAGAUUUUCAAAUAAGAAAGAUAUAUGCAUAGGUUGGUAAUCUGGAGUAAUUAAGUUAUUUAUUUUUCUCAUUUCUUUUUUAAAAAUUUAUAAAAAUUGUAGGAAAAUACAAUAAAAUGAUACAAACUUUGCAGCAAC